GAUUUCAUGGAGGUCGGGGAAGUAAAAGUUCCGGAAAGCAAGGAUUUCCAAACUUUUCGAGAAGCGGCUGAUAAUGAUAGUAGUUGGACAUUGUCGCUGAAAAACAACAAGAAGCAGCUGUUUAUAUACUCAAGGCAAACACCUGGUACAAAAAUUCAGCAGAUCAAGAUUAAGGCGCUCUUUCCUGGCAUCAGUGCUGCUCUUCUGUAUGACACCUUACAGGACACAGCGUACACUCAUAGUUGGGAUGCAUAUUGUGUGAGGACAGAAGACAUAUGUUACAUAGACCCCAUGAAUAUCAUAUCCUACUAUGCGAUGAAGUUGCAGUCUCCACUUAGAAACAGGGACUUUGUGCUGCAGAGAUCAUGGCUAUAUAAUGGUCAAGAUUACGCAAUAUUCAAUCACAGCGUCAAUCACAAGGACUAUCCUCCGCAGAAAGGUUUCAUCAGGGGAAUAUCAGAGUUGACAGGGUUCCUCAUCAAACCAAUGAAAGGCAAGGACAACGAAGCAAAUUGUCAUCUGACAUACAUCAGUCAAAGUGACCCCAAAGGAUCAAUACCAAGUUGGUUUGUGAACAGCGUGGGGAAGACAUUUGCACCUAGGCAAAUCAAAGUUCUUCAGAAAGCAUGCAUAAAGUACGACAAGUGGAAAAACAAGCAGAAGAACCCCAAAUUUAAGCCGUGGAAUGAUCCAGAACAGCUGAUGACAAGUCUGGCCAGAAUAAACUGGCCAGAUGUUCAGGCUGAGAACCAGCCGAAGGUGUCGGAGGAACUGGAACUUGACGAUGAAUUUGAAGAUGAAAAAGAGAUUGAGAAAGUGCUUAAAGGCGUCAAUUUAAACGGGGACUCGUCAUCUAACAGCAACAGCGCUUGUAAUAGUGACGAUGAUGAUGAAAUUGAAGACCUAGCGACAGAGGUCAAUGGUAACGGAGGCGACGCCAAGUGAGCCGAAAGAACUUAAGGAAAAUUAUCACUUGACCAGCGCGAAUAGAAUCACCAAUAUAUAUAUCACCAAAUUUUUAAAAUACUGCCACGAGUGACUCUGAAAAGCAUAUGUAUGGACAGCGAUGCAUGAAUGAUUGGAAUGACUCAGUGGAGCAAAUUGCUGCGGUUGAAUGAACUUGUUGUACUUAACUUGAACUGAGUUGCUGCUAAUAAGUAAAAAAAAUAGUAGUAUUAGAUAACAUGCUCUCAAAGAGGAUAUCGGAUUUUUAAGGAGCAUGUUUAAUUUGAACACCAGUGGCAUUUAAACUACAAUGUUAUGCGGCCAAGCGGUUGAACUCCAACUGACAAAUUUUUCAGUUAAGUAACUUAGUUUCGUGGUUGUCAUUUAUUUACUUUCAGUCAAUUUGGACGCGUCAUCUUAAGUGUAAUUUAUGUACUAAAUAAUCAGUUACUAUAUAUGAGCGAGUUAUCUUUAAUACAAAUCCAUGUGAUGGUGCUAUGAUAUUUUACUAUUGUACAAAGUUCAUCUCAUGUAAUUUUGAGACUGCACUUGAAAGUGAAGGGAAAAUGUUUUCACAAAUUGUAUGUACAUUUGGUAUCGGGGCUAGCUAGUGAUUUAGGUAAGGUGCCGUUUAUUUUUUUACUCCUUGAAAUUAUUUGUUUAAAUUGAAGCUGGUUUAUAUAUUUCUUAUCUUCUCAUCAUCAGCAUUAUUACUGCUUCCAUCAUCAUCAUCAUCUACAUCAAUUCUUCCACCCGAAUCAGAGCUCCUUUUCCAUACCACUAGAAUAAUGUAUUCCGUGUAAUGAGUAUAAGUUGCCCGAACAUUUUGAGGACAUCAAAUUUUUGAGUGAGACAUUUUUUAAUUAGUUGGUGGAAAUUCAAAUUGGCAUUCGUAUGUCGUCUCAAUUAUGAUGAAAGCGAUUGUUCAUGCGAACAUAAUUUGACAAAUAGCGAAAAUAAAACAAUGAAAAGUACGACCUCUUCUAUUUAAGUUUUUAUCGAAAUUGCUUGGUGUGACCAAAAUAUUGUUCACGAGUUGGUCAUCGCAUGAAAAAGAGCCGAAUUAUAAUUGUUUGAAUAUGAGAGAAUUCCAGUUUUUUAUCAUGCUGUACCUACCACCUAUUCCAUUGACUGACAUUGGAUGGUUUUUAUUGUUACAAAUAAAAGUGAUGAAAUUUAUUUUGGGUAAUAUAUUGUAAAUAGAUUGCUUCAAUCGUGCCUUCAUGCUUCUAGGAAUUCUAUUACCAGAUUCGAAUUAAAUAUACAAUAAUUUG